AUGCAGAACAGACUGAAUCCCUUCAGGAUCAUUAGACCCCAGCCUAUCACCGCCUGGUACGGCAACUGCACCGCCUGCAACCGCCCAGAGGGUGGUGCGCUCUGCCCAACUGCAGCCAAUCCCAGCGGUGUUCAGGGUCAGGUGAUGCCCAUGGAGGAGUUGGGGUGUAGCUCAGGAUGGGGGGUGAGGGUGAAGGGGGAGCAGGGGAAGAGAGAGGACAGGCGGCUGGCGGGGGUGUGUGGUCUGGCUAACAGUGGUAACUCCUGCUACAUGAACGCUGUGCUGCAGUGUCUCUUCUCCACCGUGCCGUUGGUGGAACACCUUCUCAGCUCAGACAAACGCUCCCAGCUGGCCAAGCGUAACAGUCCUGUAGCGGGGGUGUUUGUGCACCUCCUCCAGGAGGUGUGGCAGGGUCAGAGGGGUACCAGCUUCACCUCCCCAGGGGAGAUGAGGGCCUUGGUCUCCUCCCUGCACCCCCAGUUCAACAACCAAUCACAGCAGGACGCCCAGGAGCUACUCCUCCUCCUGCUCAACGCCCUGCAUGAUGACCUCAAGAAUAAGGGGGAGAGACAUCAGACACGUUCUUCCCAGCGGUUGUGUCUGGGCAGGAAGUCGCUCAGCUCGGCGCCAGCGGACUCUACGGCGGUGACACGUCUCUUCGAGGGACAACUCAGCUACCAGAUGCUGUGUCUGCGCUGCGACGGACACUCUCACAGCAACCAAGUCUUCACCAUUCUGUCUCUGCCAAUACCACUGGACUCAUACAAGUGCUCCCUACAGGACUGCCUGUCGCUGUUCUUCCAGCAGAGUACGUUGACGUGUGGAGAUCAGAAGUUGUGUCCAGAGUGUGGAGUGAAGAGAGACACAGCUGUCCUCACCAGCAUGGCCAAACCACCGGAGAUCCUGGUGCUGCACCUCAAACGUUUUGGUUGCCAUGGGAGUGAGAAGAGGAAGUUGAGGACCAAUGUGUUGUUCUCAUUGGACCGUUUAGACCUAAACCCCUUCCUGUCCAGACCCUCAGCCAAUCACACCAGCUACUCUCUCUACGCAGUGGUGAACCACACAGGAGACCUAGACAUGGGUCACUACACGGCCCUGUGCCACAGUACCCUGUCCAGCAGCUGGCACCACUUCGACGACACGGCCGUGAGCGAGGUAGUGGACUUCUUGGUGCAGUCUCCUAACGCCUACAUCCUGCUGUACAGCCGUCAACCCUUCCACAGGCCCAGCAUACCCCGGAUCUGA